CUGAGGUUUACCGAAGUGUUUGCUGUUUCAGAUGAUGAACAGCCUGAUGAGGCAAAAUGCGGAUGCCCGCCGACGCCAACUCUCAGUGCGAACGUUCAGCGUCAUCCCUCUACAGUCUUGAUCAGUGGCGGAAUGAAUAUGACAAAGGAUGUUCUCAGUGAGCUCUUCGGCAUAUUGCUCCUUAAAAGUGGAAUCUCCAAGGAAGCUGGAGGAAUCGUUGAAUGGGUCCCGAACUUAGUCCCGUAUAGAGGUGUUCUACAGCCACUUUUUGAAGAGAAAGGAGAUCCACUCCCAGAUGCGCAGUGGUUUACCAAUUGGAAUGCAACCGCGCCAAUUGAGGAUCGUCUGGAAAAGAUGCGGUCAACGUUUUACCGGCGUUACCCAUUGGUUAUGGCUGAAUGGUUCAGGUAA